AUGUCUCUCCUCCCUGCCGAAGUGCAGGGAGCCUUGAGCCAACUCCUCCAAGCCCUUGCUUCUCCGGACAACAGCCUCCGCGCCCAAGCCGAGGAGCAAUUGAACAAUGACUGGACUCCGAAUCGCCCAGAUGUGCUGUUGAUGGGACUGGUGGAGCAGCUACAAGCGGCCCAAGACCCAUCGACACGAUCUUUCGCAGCCGUGUUAUUCCGCAAACAAGCCUCGAAAUCACACAAAAGCCCUACCACUGGCGAGUCUAAAGAGCUUUUCCUGACGCUCAGUAGCGAGGCCAAACUCGCUAUUCGGUCGAAGUUGUUGGAAUGUUUUGCCAGAGAACAGGUCAAUCAUGUCAGGAAUAAGAUUGGAGAUGCAAUCGCGGAGAUCGCUAGACAAUAUGUCGAUGCCGGCGAGAUGUGGAUGGAACUGCUCGCAGCGCUGUUCCAGGCAAGCCAGUCCAAUGAUGCCGGGCUGAGAGAAUGCGCCUUCCGAAUCUUCUCCACCACGCCGGGCAUUAUCGAAAGGCAGCAUGAAAGUGCAGUGCAGGAAGUGUUCGGAAAAGGCUUCAAAGACAGCAGCGUUGAAGUCCGACUGGCUGCCAUUGAGGCAUUCGCGUCUUUCUUCCAUUCUGUUACCAAAAAGACACAACCCAAGUACUAUUCGUUGAUCCCCGAGAUCCUGAACAUCCUUCCGCCCUUAAAGGAAGCAGGCGACACCGAUAACCUAUCCAAGGCCUUUGUCUCGCUCAUUGAGCUGGCCGAGGCGGCCCCGAAGAUGUUCAAAGGUCUCUUCUCAACCCUCGUCAAAUUCAGCAUCUCUGUCAUUCAGGACAAAGAAUUGGGUGAUCAGACACGGCAAAAUGCUCUCGAACUGAUGGCCACCUUUGCCGAAUGGGCGCCUGCCAUGUGCAAGAAGGACCCGUCCUAUGUCACCGACAUGGUCACCCAGUGUCUUAGUCUGAUGACCGACAUCGGGGUCGAUGACGACGACGCCGCCGAGUGGAACGCCAAUGAGGACCUCGACAUGGAAGAGAGCGACAUGAACCACGUCGCGGGCGAGCAAUGUAUGGAUCGGUUGGCCAACAAACUGGGAGGGCAGGUCAUGCUUCCGGCCACCUUUACCUGGUUACCAAGAAUGAUGCAUUCGGCUUCGUGGAAAGACCGGCAUGCUGCUCUCAUGGCCAUCUCAGCAAUAUCCGAAGGAUGUCGAGAUCUGAUGAUCGGCGAGCUCGACAAGGUGCUGGAACUGGUUGUCCCGUCCCUGAGAGACCCGCAUCCUCGAGUCAGAUUCGCUGGCUGCAAUGCUCUUGGACAAAUGAGUACCGACUUUGCGGGACCAAUGCAAGAAAAAUACCAUCAAGUCGUCCUAACCAACAUCAUACCUGUGCUCGAGGCUCCAGAACCCCGCGUCCAGGCCCACGCCGCGGCUGCCCUGGUGAACUUUUGCGAAGAGGCAGAGAAAUCGAUAUUGGAACCAUACCUCGACCAGCUCCUUUCUCAUCUACUACAGCUUUUGCAAUCACCAAAACGGUACGUCCAAGAGCAAGCUUUGUCGACGAUUGCAACCAUUGCCGACUCUGCCGAAAGUGCCUUCGUUCGCUACUACGACACCUUAAUGCCCCUCCUUUUCGGAGUUCUCCAGUCUGAACAAUCGAAAGAGUACAGACUGCUCCGAGCCAAAGCCAUGGAGUGCGCAACCCUCAUUGCUCUGGCGGUGGGCAAAGAAAAGAUGGGCCAGGACGGGAUCACGCUCGUCCAAACUUUGGGCAACAUACAACAGAAUAUCACCGACGAGGAUGAUCCGCAGGCGCAAUAUCUUCUGCAUUGUUGGGGCCGGAUGUGUCGAGUUCUCGGGAGUGACUUUGUUCCGUACCUGCCGGGAGUCAUGCCACCUUUACUCGAGCUCGCCUCUGCCAAAGCUGAUAUUCAGCUGAUCGAUAGUGAGGACGACGCACUCGAUCAGGAAGAUGGUUGGGAACUGGUCCCCUUGAAAGGAAAAGUCAUUGGCAUCAAGACAUCGACACUGGAGGACAAAAACACGGCAAUUGAGCUGAUUACCAUCUAUGCGCAGAUCUUGGAGGCGGAUUUCGCGCCCUACGUGGCGGAUAUUACAGAGCGCAUUGCCUUACCUGGCCUCGCUUUCUUUUUCCAUGACCCUGUCCGGGUGGCGUCGGCGAAAUUGAUCCCUCAACUACUGAACUCGUACAAGAAACAAUACGGGGAGCAGUCACCUCAACUUAUGGAGCUGUGGGCCACGUGUUGUGAAAAGGAGAUUGAGAUCCUCAGUGCAGAACCCGCAGUCGACACUUUGGCCGAAAUGUACCAAUGCUUUUACGAAAGUGUGGAAGUGGUGGGUAAGAACUGUUUGACACAAGAACACACGGAGCAGUUCGUCCAAUCGGUCAAGUCAACCCUGGAAGAAUUCCAGAAACGCGUGCAAGAGCGGGCCGAGGAAAGGGCGGAAUCCGCACAACAAGCGGCCGAUGAAGACGAUGACUCGUUGUCGGUCCAGUACGCGAUCGAGGACGACCAGUCACUGUUGUCGGACAUGAACAAGGCUUUCCACACCAUCUUCAAGAACAUGGGCGUCAAUUUCUUGGGUCAAUGGCAGAGACUGAUGCCAUUCUACGACGCCUUCAUGAACAACAGCGACCCGAUGCAGCGGCAAUGGGCGAUCUGCAUCAUGGACGAUGUGUUGGAGUUUUGUGGGCCUCAAUCCUGGCAAUACAACGACCACAUCAUCCAACCACUCAUCAACGGGAUGAGGGACGAGAACGCGGCGAAUCGACAAGCUGCUGCGUAUGGAGUGGGCAUCGCUGCCCAGAAGGGGGGCGAGCAAUGGUCGGAUUUCGUGGCGGCCAGUCUCGAAAUACUCUUCCAGAUCACCCGAGUCCCGAACGCCAGAGGGGACGACGAGGUCUUUGCCACCGAAAACGCGUGCGCCGCCAUCGCCAAGGUUUUGCACUACAAUUCCUCCAAGGUGCCGAAUCCGCAGCAGGUCGUGGAGCAAUGGCUCGAUACGCUACCGGUCGUCAAUGACGAGGAAGCCGCACCCUAUGCCUACUCUUUUGUCGCGCAGCUGAUUGACCAGCAAAACCCGGCCGUGUUUGCCAAAGCGCAACAAGUGUUUCACCAUAUCGCGUCGGCGCUCGAGGCCGAGACGAUCCAAGGCCAGACGGCCAAAAAAGUCGCCGAGAGUGCCAAACAGAUGGUAGCCCAAACGGGCAUCAACGCCGACCAGGUCUUGCAGACUCUCUCGCCUGACGGGCAGACGACGGUGAGGAGCUAUUUCUCGUGA